CUCAUAGUCAGUCUCAUCUAUUUGAGGUCAAUAAUGUAGUUCUCCCUUGCUCGAACAGUGUGCAUGUCUGGCUCAGAAUAAGCAUAUCGACAAUGCCAAAGCUAAAUCGGAAGGAAUUGAUGCAUUAUUUAAACAAAUGUGUUUACCAGUGAAACCUGUUUAUGAGGAAUAAAGAAAAUGAGAUAACAAAGAACCUAGAAAUAAUUAAUUACCUAGUCAGUUUAGCACUCAGCAGCCCGCAGCCAGUCCGCAGCCCGUCAGAUUUGGAUUGGAUGAUACAGCAACCGCUCAAACUACCUGCAACGUUUCAAAGUUACUCCCCCUCCCAUCCUUUCCACUUUUUGAAGCCAUGGCUUUCUCCUUCGAUUCCUCCCCCUCCACCAUCAACGUCCCGGCGCUACCGCCGCCGCCGCAGCAGCCGCCUCCUCCUCCGCAGCAGCAGCCGUCUCCUCCUCCUCCGCAGCAGCCGCCACCGACUCCGCAGCAGCCGCGGCCGCCGACUCCGCAGCCGCCGCCGCCGACUCCGCCUCCUCCUCCGCAGCCGCCGCCGCCGCCGCCUCCGCCACCUCAUUGCUUUCCUCCAUCCCGCCACCACCUCACUCCUUCACAUGCAGUUCCUCGGAGCAGCCACGUGACUCUGCCUCACUACAAGCGCCCCCACGGGCUCUCUCAUUUCCAGCACUCCUCACCCGGCUCUUUCGCCGCCAGCACCCCGCCGCCGAAGCCCAAGGCGCCCCGCAGAAAGCCAGACCUCGCCUCUGCCGCAGGCACGGCCACCCCGCCAUGCACCGAGUGCGGCAAGCGCUUCUCGUCCUGGAAGGCCCUCUUCGGCCACAUGCGCUGCCACCCAGAGAGGCAGUGGCGCGGCAUCAACCCCCCGCCGCACCUCCGCCGCCCGCCCCCACCAGACCAAUACUUCACUGCUGAGGAGCACGAGGUCGCCGCAAGUCUCCUCUUGCUCUCCCACAGCCCUCCCGGAGGCGCCACGGAUGAGCGUGGGAGCAUUUGGGAGAGGACGUGCGGGGAGGGCAGUCGCCACGAGUGCAACGUCUGCUCCAGGUCCUUCUCCUCCGGCCAAGCGCUGGGAGGGCAUAAGAGGUGUCACUCGGAGAUGGAUUGCCAAGAACUAGUGGGCCCUUCGGUGGCCGGUCCCUCAUCGAGUAGCUACAUAUUCGACCUCAACCUCCCGCCGCCUCCCGAAAGCUCCGACAACAAUAACCCGGCCGACGUCUUGGACCUUAAAUUAGGCAUCUAA